CUAGUGCUGACUGCCACGUGGCUCAUUAUUUAUCCUUGUGAAACUGCAGAAUUAUUUGAAAGGGAAGAAGGGACAGAAACUCUUGCUUUCUUCAAAGUAGCCUUAUAGUCUAGGGCUUAAAAUACUGAUUUAAUGGUGAAGAUAAAAGCCUGCUGUGGUAAAAGAGAUUCAGGGCAGAGGGAAACUCCACCACAAAGUGUGGUACCAUUUUCCAGAGAAGGCAAAUGGACAAGAAGCCUUCCACUAAGAAAGGUCCAGAUUUCUGUUCAUUACGCUAUGGGCUGGCUCUCAUCAUGCACUUCUCAAACUUCACCAUGAUAACCCAGCGUGUGAGUCUGAGCAUUGCAAUCAUUGCCAUGGUGAAUAGCACCCAGCAGCACGGUCAAUCUAAUGCCUCUUCGGAAGGACCUCUUGCAGACAGCCUCAGUAACCCCGGCAGCUCCAUCGAAGAAUUUCAUACAAGGGCUUCUGUAUAUGAAUGGAGCCCAGAAACUCAGGGUAUCAUCUUUAGCUCCAUCAGCUAUGGGAUAAUACUGACCCUGAUCCCAAGUGGAUAUUUAGCAGGGAUAUUUGGCGCAAAGCAGAUGCUUGGUGCUGGUUUGCUGAUCUCCUCUCUUCUCACCCUCUUCACACCAUUGGCUGCUGACUUUGGAGUGGCCUUGGUUAUUGUGAUUCGGACUGUCCAGGGCAUGGCCCAGGGAAUGGCAUGGACAGGUCAGUUUACAAUUUGGACAAAAUGGGCCCCCCCACUUGAACGAAGCAAGCUCACCAGCAUUGCAGGAUCAGGGGCAGCGUUUGGGUCCUUCAUCAUCCUCUGUGUUGGGGGACUAAUCUCACAAGCUUUGGGCUGGCCUUUUAUCUUCUACAUCUUUGGUAGCAUUGGCUGUGUCUGCUGUCUGCUGUGGUUCACGGUGAUUUAUGAUGACCCUGUGCACCAUCCAUGCAUAAGCAUCAGGGAAAAGGAACAUAUCAUGUCCUCACUAGCUCACCAGUCCAGUUCUCCUAGACGAUCUGUCCCCAUAAAGGCUAUGGCCAGAUGCCUACCACUUUGGGCCAUUUUUAUGGGGUUUUUCAGCCAUUUCUGGUUAUGCACCAUAAUCAUAACAUACCUACCAACGUACAUCAGUUCUGUGCUCCAUGUUAACAUCAGAGAUAGUGGGGUUCUGUCCUCCCUGCCUUUCAUUGCUGCCUCAAGUUGCACCAUUCUAGGAGGUCAGUUGGCAGAUUUCCUUCUGUCCAGGGAUCUCAGAUUGAUCACCGUACGAAAACUCUUCUCGUUCUUAGGGCUCCUCCUUCCAUCCCUGUGUGCUGUGGCUCUGCCCUUCGUGGCUUCCAGUUACAUGACAACCAUUAUUUUGCUGAUACUUAUUCCUGGGACCAGCAACCUGUGUGAUUCGGGGUUCAUCAUCAACACCUUAGAUAUCGCCCCAAGAUAUGCAAGUUUCCUCAUGGGACUCUCAAGGGGAUUUGGGCUCAUCGCAGGAAUCAUCUCUUCCACUGCCACUGGAUUCCUUAUCAGUCAGGAUUCUGUGUCUGGAUGGAGGAAUGUCUUUUUCCUGUCUGCCGCUGUCAACAUGUUUGGCCUGGUUUUUUACAUCACAUUUGGACAAGCAGAAAUUCAGAACUGGGCCAAAGAGAGGCCCAUCACCCGCCUCUGAUGAUUGAGAGUUGCAAACUUAAAUGACCAUUAACUUUGUGACAUUUUUUAUUGAUUGUCAUUCUUUCUUCAUAUUCUUGGCCAUAGACUCAACAGAUCUCUAUUCUGGUUGUGUAUUAAAUUUCCCUGGGGAGUCUCUAAAACAUACUAAUGAAUGGGCCCUAUUCCAGAGACUGAAUGAAUUGGUCUAUGAGAGAGCCCUGAUACCACUAAUUUUUAGAGACUUCCCAGGAUUUUUAAACCUGUAGCCAGGGUUGACAACUUCUGGACAAACUUGAAAUGUCAAUUCCUGUUGCCUUUGACUUUUCCUCUUUGGAAAGUACUGGAUGAAUAAAAAUCUAUGUAAAAAUAAUAA